AUGCCAGAAGAAUGGAGGAAUAGCACACUAGUACCUCUGUUUAAGAAUAAAGGCGAUACGCAAGUAUACGGCAACUAUAGAGUACUAGUAGCAGAGACUAGAAAGGAGGUUAGCAAUAAAUUGGAUGAGUGGAGGGAAGCUCUAGAAGAUAAAGGAUUGCGCAUUAGCCGUACGAAGACCGAGUAUUUUCGCUGGGACUUUAGCGGGUCAUCACCGGUAGGUGAACCAGAGGUGUCCAUAGAUGAAACAAUUGUUAAAAGUACAACCAAGUACAAGUAUUUGGGAUCGAUCAUUCAAAGGGAUGUGAAGAUUGACGAGGAUGUAAAUCAUCGUAUACAUGAGGGUUGGCUCAAGUGGCGAGCAGUAAGGUUGUACACGGUCCGGUCUGGUCUGGUUUGA